CGUGUAUGUGUGCGCGCGCGUGUGAGUCUGUGUGUCUAUUAGCGGCCGGCCGGAAAAGGCUGAAAAUCACAAAUCCCAAGUGAAGCGAACAGGCGCGUGCGCUCUUUUCCUUUCUCAUCCUUCAUUUUUUUUUUCUUUUACGAAGGGAGACACAUCGGUCGGCUGCAGCUUCUACUGUGUGUUACGUUUUUAUAUUUUAUUGUUUUUAUUUUUUUUUUAUAAUUAUAAUUUUACUUGCUGCAGAUCCCCCAGGAUGUUCAGCCUUGCCGGGCAGCGCUCAACUUGAGAGCUGUCACGAGAGAAAGUAGAGUGGAUGCGCCGCCUGCGAACACGCCGGACACACAGUCAUAGUCUCGGGAGACUCUGCGCCAUAAAACUGACCUGGCACCUUUUUUUUUUUUAAUUUAUUUUUAAUUAGCGGCAACACCACCUACUGACUGAGUUGGAUGUCGUAAUAAGGUGUAUCAAUGAGCAAACUAUGGAGGCCGAAAUGCGCCAAGGUUUCUGUGAAGACAGGGGUGAAGACAGAAACUGGAGCAAAGCACUCGACUCGCAGGAGUACCGUGCCUCACUGGAUCGGGAGAAAGAUGAGACCCUGAAGGAGAUUCUGACCGCCGGCUGUGCCCCCCUUCCACCCAGUGACUUCAAGCAAGUUGAAAACCAGGGGCCGGUCUACCAGACUCGUUUCCUGACACCGGAUGAUGAACCGAGCGGUAAGAUGGACGCCACCUCUAAGGAGCUGUCUACCGCCGUGGCCGAGUCUAUGGACUUGUACAUGAACUCGGCCAGAGACAUUGACUAUAGUUUUGCACAAGAUACGGAAAAGACCCCCGAAGAACCACGUCUGAGGAGGGACUCUAAUCUGGAGCCGUCAUCGAGCCCGGCAGUGACCCCCGGAGGGUCUCAGCACGUCUCCGCUCUUUACUCCACACCUACCGUGCCUCCUAGUAGCUCCUUGGAGUGCCCCGUCGGCCACACGACAGACCCGGGUGGCACAUCGGAUUCCAGUCCAAUGAGCACUUUUUCUGGUCCAGUUUUUACCAGCCAGUGCUCCGCCACCGGGCCCGUCAACCCAAACUUUGUGAAUGUGAAUCUCGGGAAUGUUCAUCGCCAGAACUCCUGCAGCCCAACGAGCGCCUGCAACACCGGCUCUCCCCUUUCUAGCCCACUUAGUGGCAUGAGGUCGCCCAUCUCCAGCCCCCAGAGUCUGUGCAGCACCUCUCCAGUCUCCGGACCGCUCAACCCCAGAUCUUGUGUCUCCAGUCCCGGCAAGCACAUUAACAAUAUGAGAUCCUCCAUGUCCAGCCCUUCUUCUUGCACUACAAACAUUUCCGUCUCUAGCCCCCUGUAUUUCGGCAGUGACUUUCCCAUGUGCAGCCCCUCUCAAGGACAAGACGUGUUUCACAACGAGCUGGACGGCGCACGAGACAGGGAGCAGCAGGACUUAAAGGAGUUCAAGCUCCUGAAAAUCGAGAAAUCGGAGGGAGAACUGGAGACCUGCAGGAUGGAGCAGAUGUGCAUGUUGAAGAUGAUCAAAAACGAACCCGCCACCAGCUUUGCCAUCGUGGCACACGGAAACCCCAACAAGAUGGACAGCCUCAGCGCCCUGUUUGCCGUCGACGUCAAAUGCGAAUCCAGCAACGAGUCGUCCUGUCAAAACUCGAGAUACGACGAGCAGGAGCCUCCCAACCCCUUUCCCGUUUCCGAACCCACCUUCUUAUCCUUGAGGGAAAGGGCGGACGAGUACAGCCUGUCCAAGAUCUUGGGACCCCCGACGCCCAACGGUAGUUUUGAGGAGGACGCGUUUUCCGACAGCAGCCUGUCGAAAAGGAUUAAGCAGGAAGUGGUCAACGACGCGUAUUAUGGGGACGGUCACGCCAUACACGCCUCGGCGAUAGUGGGCAUUAAUUCCAAUGAACUUUCGUAUUAUUACCCGACGGGGAUGCAGGAGGGUCUGCCUCUGUCGCUGCCCGAUGUCUGCAAUCCACCCAGCCACCUCUUGAAUUUAAUUUCUCCGGUCACCACGUUAAUGGAUUCUUGGAAAUCCCGGGAAUCUUUACUGGAAAGCUCGCAUCUGUCACGGGGGGACAUCUACUCUGCACAAAGAUGCCUUCCGGAAAGCAGCUCAACAAUGAGAAGUUCUUCUUCCUCCUCUUCUGCCCCUGCGAAGGUCUGCUUGGUGUGUGGCGAUGAAGCUUCUGGAUGUCACUACGGGGUGGUGACGUGUGGCAGCUGCAAAGUGUUCUUCAAAAGAGCCAUAGAAGGACAGCACAAUUAUCUCUGUGCAGGAAGAAAUGACUGCAUCAUUGACAAGAUACGACGGAAAAACUGCCCUGCCUGCCGAGUACGAAAGUGUCUCCAAGCUGGAAUGAAUUUAGGAGCCCGGAAGUCAAAGAAGCUGGGGAAGUUAAAAGGCAUCAUUGAAGACCGGCCACUACAGAGGGUCAAGGAGAGCCAGUCGUACCUAGCUCUGGAAAAGGAGCUCAGCUCGAGCUCGGCCUUGUCCGUUCACUCGCCCUCCAUAAUGCCCUUCUUCACCACAGGCCUCUGCAGCAUUCUGGAAAUUAUUGAGCCUGAAGUGGUUUAUGCGGGCUAUGAUAGCACGCAGCCCGAGACAACCGACUACCUGCUCAGCUGCCUCAACCGGCUGGCAGAGAAGCAGAUGAUCCGCGUCGUCAAGUGGGCCAAAGUGCUUCCAGGCUUCAGAAGGAUGCCGAUUGAAGACCAGAUUACACUUAUUCAGUUGUCCUGGAUGUGUCUGUCUUCAUUUGCCCUCAUUUGGAGGUCUUAUCUGCACACCAAUGGUCAGAUGUUGUAUUUUGCACCUGACCUUAUCUUCGAUGAGAUGCUAGACCUUUACCGUGCCCCUUCAUCUGCAGUUGUCAAUCUGAUGGCAAUGGGAGAACUGGAAGUGGACUGUGAGGAAAAGAAGGAAGGAAAGGAAAGGAAGUUUUUUACAGAAGAAAACCCCAGGCAUCCCAAGCUGAGCUCUGCAACCCAGCAGGAUUUCAAGUUGCCCCAAUCUUGUCUUGUGUUAUUGAGAGAGGAAGCAGAUAAUGGAUGGAAGCGUAUGAAACAAUCGUCCAUGUACAGCUUGUGUCAGGGAAUACGCCAGGUGACCCAGGAGUUUGUCCGCUUGGAGCUCACCUACAGUGAAUAUCUCUCCAUGAAGGUGCUGCUGCUUCUGAGCACAGUUCCCAUCGAGGGUUUGAAGAACCAGUCGGUGUUUGAGGAGAUGCGGGUCACCUACAUCAAAGAGCUCCGGCAGUCCGUCUUCAAGUCCACCAGUAACUCCUGCCAGAUGUGGCAGAGGUUCCACCAGCUCACGAAACUGCUAGACGCCUUACAUGAUCUGGAGGCCCUCCAGUUAGAUUUUUGCUUCUACACCUUCCGGGAGGCCCAAGCUCUUAAAGUGGAAUUUCCUGACAUGCUUGUGGAGUUAAUCAGCGACCACAUACCAAAGGUGGAAGGUGGCCUAAUUCGGACCCUGUACUUUCACAGGAAGUGACCACCAAGGAGGGACCUUUGCCUUAAUUCAUCUCUACCGUUUGUCCACAUCCAUCGCAAAGGAGAGGAAACUUGGCUACGUUUUGGGUUUUAUUUUUUGUUUUUUUUUUGUUCCUGUUUAAUUUUCUUCUACUGUUCAGUUUGGACAGUCGGGCCUGACCGUUUGCAGACUUGACGCGGAGAAACAAUUGCACUGAGAAGGAUUUCCACUCCAUCCCGACCGACCGACCGACCGACAGACAAUUUUGAACACGGAGACAAAGCCAUACUUCAUCGUGACCAUCCUCCUCCAGCCCUUGAAGAUACAGCUGUUGUUUUUUGUUGUUUUUUUUUUUUUUAUUUAACUAGCGAGUGUAUUACGGGCGAGAUCUUUAUGAGGUUUUGCUACACUGUGCACAUUAGUAGCCUGUCAUCACAGGGGUCCUCAACCUUCGUUUUAUACACGUGGCACUUUUUAUCUCAUUUUUUUUAAGGGCUAGUCAUCACUUUCUAGAUCAUUUUAAUUUUAAAAUAAUAUUUAAAGCUCACCCUGGCUAAUGUGGCUGGCAUAUAUAAGCCAAUACGGACAGACACUGAAAGAUCUCGAUUUGAACCUUUCCAUGUUUCAUUAGGCUCACUCAGAGAUAAAAGGUACAAGUGGAGCGUCUUUUUUCUUUUUUUUUUUUUGUAUUUAAAUGCUUUAACCUUAAAGUCUAUGCUAUGUAUGUUAGAGCCAUCGUACACAUGAGCCUGGCUAAAGCCCCCCAUGGACUUACCUACUUCAUGAUGGGGGGGGGGGCUUCAUGUGUACGUCCCGAAGCUCCAGCUCUCCGCACUUUGAAAAAAAACAAUUUGCCUCUCUGUGUUUCACUGGACUUGUUGGCUGCUGUCCUGAGUAACAUAAAUAAGUGUGUGCGUGUGGUGUGUGUGUGUGUGUGUGUGCGCGCGUGACUUGAAAUACAUGCUCUACGUCAAAUGGCACCUUUCACUUUAGUUUUCAUUUUGUCAAGUAACCUCUUCAAUUGUUCCAAAACGGAAAUGAGAAACACCUCGGAGCAAGCGCUCGAGUUCGCUAAAAUGGAAAUAAGAGGCUUGAGAAGUUAAAAAGCGGGCCGCAGAUCAGUAAAGCGUUUUACGAGCCAAACCCAUCGACACCCGUCUGACGUCACGUGGAGUCCCGCAAUGAGUCGUCAUUAUGGAUUGGGGAUUUGGGUUGUGACAUCAUCCACUCGGCAGGGUGGCUCUCCGUGACCCCCACCAUUCAAACCAGAGGGAAAUUUAAAGAGGAAGGAAGGAAGUUUAGUCUGUCGGGUGUGGGACGCAGAAAUCUCAGCCGGGACGUCAGUGCAACACUUUACGGCGGCGCAGUAAAAGGAGCGAAACGCUCAAUCGCAAACAGCAUGACGCGAGUACAAGGAUACGCUGCAUUGAAUAAAAUUGAAUCCAAUAAUUGGGGUUUGUAGGUUGGUAGGUAGGUAGUUUAUAAAUGAAUAGCAAAAUAUAAAGUACAGGAGCUGCACAUACAAAGAACAAAAGGAGAGGAGAACACUCAGGUUCCAUCAGGCUGGUCUCAUUAGGUAAUGUCCCCUCCAGACGGGGUGCCAUUGAAUGUGUGAUUCCACAGAUAGACAAAUAU